GUUCCCAACAAGUCCAGCUGCACAGCUCUUAGCUACUCUGAUCUGGGUGCGGUACUGUUUGUUUUUGUAAGGUUCCAGUAUUUUUCCUUUCUAUCCGAAACUGACAAAGAGAGAAAUUUGCCAUGAAUUCAACAAGUCAGAAGGAUUUCCAUCUCUUGGCAUUUUCCCUCUUUGUGGAAGAUCAACCUUUGCUUUUUAUGGGGCUUUUGAUUAUCUACCUACUGGCUUUGUUUGGAAACUUGCUGAUUAUUGUGCUUGUGUGCCUGGUACCCCAACUGCACACCCCCAUGUACUUCUUUCUGUGCAACCUGGCAGCCCAGGACAUUAUCUCUGUCUCUGCCUUCCUGCCCAAGCUGAUGGCCAUCACAAUUACAGGGGACACCAGCAUUUCCUUUCCCAGCUGUAUAACCCAGAUUUUUUUGUUCGCAUUCUGCACUGAUACAGAUUUUUUCUUACUGGCUACAAUGGCUUAUGAUCGCUAUGUGGCUAUUUGUAUUCCUCUACGUUACUACCUCAUCAUGAAUGCAAGAGUGUGCCUCCUGCUGGUGGCAAUAGCAUGGAUUCUGUAUAUUCCCAAUUCAUUGUGCUAUUCUUUGCUUUUUUCCUAUUUAUCAUUCUGUAAGUCACGGGAACUGAAUCAUUUUUUUUGUGAACCUAAAAUACUGCUGGAGAUCUCAUGUAGUGACACCUCACAUAUAAAACAACUGAUGUUGGUUGAAAUACCAUUCGUAGGGAUUCUUCCAUUUGUUCUGAUCUUAACAUCCUACGUGUACAUCAUAGCUACGAUCAUAAAACUGCGAUCCUCAGCCGCUAGACUCAAGGCUUUCUCCAGCUGUUCCUCACAUCUGACAGUCGUAUUGCUGUUCUGUGGCACCUCUAUAGGGAUUUACAUUAAGCCAGACUCAGAGAAUUCUCAAGAACAAGAGAAAUUUCUUUCUUUGUUAUAUAUUGGUUUUGUUCCACUGUUAAACCCAUUAGUGUACAGCCUGAGAAACCAACAGGUCAGGUCAGCUGCAAAGAUAUUACUUUCAAAAUAUGUACCUGGAACGCAGUUAUAGUCUGAUUCUAGCCGUUUUCCCAAUGGGUUUCAUAAGAUCCUGUUCUCUUCUUUGGCAAUUCACCCCACUAUGUGACAGUAAAGAUGGAAGUACUAUGUGUGAUGAAUAGUCUCUGGUACUCUGUUACUCAUUAGAUUACUUUGUACAAAUGGGAGGUUGCAGUUUAUAUACCCAUUCUGUCUAUUGUAUUGUAGUUCCUUCUUUUAAGUCCUACACAGGGGAGGUUUCAGUUGAUAAAAACUAGAUAUUGAGGCAGAACAAGCAAUACCUGACAUAUGGGUCCUUGACCCAAAAUAUACUAAUUGUGACCUUGGGCC